UAUAACCGUUGGAAAACCCCUCUUCGCUUCUCAUCCCAAAUACCUCGACAGAGCCAUUGUGAGAAUUGACAGAGAGCAGCUCAUUCAAGUCCCUAAGCUGUUUAGGAGGUGACUGCCAAGAUCCAAUACUUUGUGUUAUUUAUCAAUCAAACAUGACAGUAGAGGUACAAUCUGAGGCAACUCAAGUAGCUGAGGUAGUUGUUCCAAAAGAAGAAUUAGAGGCUAAGAAGAUUGUUGAGGAGGUUGAGAAUGAGAAAGUAAAAGAAGAAGAGGAGGAGGAGACCAAACCAAAGGCAAUAGAGAAGAGCUCUUCUUAUAGAGAAGAGAGCAACUUUCUCUCUGAUCUCAAGGAGAAUGAAAAGAAGGCUUUGAAUGAUCUCAAAUCAAAACUCGAGGAGGCCAUUCUUGGUAACACUCUCUUCAAAAAAGAAGAGAGUGCCACCAAAAAGUCUCCAGAGAAAUCACCAUCAGGUGAGGAGGAAGAAAAGAAAGAUGAUGAGAACAAGGUUGAGGAGAAAGUAGAAGAGGAAGAGACAAAGAAUGAGGAAAAUUGCGAUACAAAUGGCGAGAAUAAAGAGGAGAAAGAGAGUGAGGAGGAGGGGGCUGAUUUAGAUGUUGAUGGAGUGGAUAAAGUGAUCUCCAUUUGGGGGGUACCACUAUUGCCUAGCAAAGGGGAUGAGAGAACCAAUGUGGUUCUUUUGAAAUUCUUGAGAGCAAGGGAUUACAAAGUGAAUGAAUCUUUCGAAAUGCUCAAAAAAACACUCCAAUGGAGGAAGGAUUUUAAGAUCCAAUCAAUCUUGGAUGAAGAUUUAGGGUCAGAUCUUGCUCCAACUGCUUACAUGAGUGGAACUGAUAACCAAGGCCACCCUAUUUGUUACAACAUUUUUGGAGUUUUGGAUGAUCAAGAGCUGUAUAGCAAGACAUUCGGGACGGAGGAGAAGCGUAAGCAGUUCUUGAGAUGGAGAGUGCAGUUAAUGGAGAAGGGUAUUCAACAGCUUGAUUUCAAGGCUGGAGGUGUCAGUUCACUGCUUCAGAUUAAUGAUCUGAAGAACUCCCCUGGACCUUCCAAGAAAGAGGUCAGGGUUGCUACAAAACAGGCUGUUGAUCUUCUUCAGGAUAACUAUCCUGAAUUUGUUGCCAAAAAUAUAUUCAUCAAUGUUCCAUUUUGGUAUUAUGCUUUCCAGUCAUUGCUCUCUCCUUUCCUAACUCAAAGAACCAAAAGCAAAUUUGUUUUUGCUCGUCCUGCCAAGGUCACUGAGACCUUGCUCAAGUACAUUCCAAUCCAAGAAAUCCCAAUUCAAUAUGGUGGACUCAAGAGGGAGAAUGACUUUGAGUUUUCAGUCUCGGACUGUGAAGCUUCAGAAAUGCUCCUUAAAGCUGGAUCAACUGAAACCAUUGAAAUACCUGCAGCAGAGGUGGGAAGUACAUUUACCUGGGAUGUUACCAUUGUGGGCGGGGAAGUGAGCUAUAAGGAAGAAUUUGUGCCAGAGGAUGAAAAUUCUUACACAAUUAUAAUUCAGAAGGAGAAGAAGUUGAGCUCGUCAAUUCGCAACACAUUCAAGAACAAUGAAGCGGGAAAGAUUGUGCUGACAAUUAAGAACACUUCUAGCAAGAAGAAAAAGGCGUUUUACCGACACAAGAUCAAGAAAUCAGCAAUUUAAGAUCACAAAUAUCUGUUUUGAGUGAAGAUGAAGAUAGAGUUUUAUUUCAGUUUUUUUUUUUCCAGCAGUAUAACUUUUUUUGUGGUUCAUAUCUUAUUAUUCUUUUGGCCCAAUAUUCAUAUUGUAUAUGUUGAUUUAUUCAUUUUUCUCCCUAUAAGGAACAUGAUCUCUGGAUUUUUUAACCCA